GUGGAGAGGUUCUUUAUGUUUGCUUGUGGUAGUAUAGUGUAUCGAUUCGUGUGAUAAGAAGGCCAUGUUUAAGCCCAUGUGUGGAUUGCUAGGUCGGGGCAUGAAAUAAUUGAAAAUCUAAUCCUUGUUGAGACAAAUUGGCGCAUUUCAUACUACAUAUGUUUGGAAUAUAGAGUGAAACUGUGCUACUGGUUGUUCCGGCAAAGAACAUUUCUGGACAUAAUUCCACGAUGUCCAGUCACAGGUUUUAUUGCAGCAAAACGAUGGUUUACCAUAAGAAUUAAACACGAACACGUGACACAUGACAAUAUAAAACGAGGCGCACGUGUAAAUAGUACGGUAGUCACAUGAUGUAAGGAACUCCACAAACAAACUUGCGCGUAGAUGCGACAGUUAUUUGGGAUUUGAUAAAUAUUCAGUACAAGGGUGUUUAGCGAACAAAUUUUAACGCCAAGAUGGCAGACAAGGCAAAAAGAACGCUUGAGUUUCGGAUGUCAAAGAAAGUGGCGGAGCUGACGCAGGUGGUGCACAUGUUAUUCACGAGAAACCAUGAGAAGGAAGUUGAGAUAGAUGCGCUCAAGGACGCGUACGAACACGAGAUUACACUAGUGAUACAGGACGCCCGGGAUCGAAUCACAAAACUGGAGAACAAGGUAAUGGAGCUGGACCGGAAGUUGGAGAGGGAGAAGAGCAGACAGAGCGAGGUGAUCAAGGAAGUGGUCGCACAGGAAGCCACGGAUAAAGAGGACGAAUGGCGGAGGAAACUCGUGACUGCGGAAAAGGCGCUCAAUGAUGAAAAACUAGAAACACAGCAUUUAAGAGACUUGUUGAUUAACGCUCAAAAGGACAUUGAAAAGCUACGACAAAAGGUAGAUGAACAACUGCAUUCGAAGACAGACGAAAUUCAAAGACGAGAAAUGGAAUUAGCAAAUCUACGGAAACAGAACGCUGAUUUAGAAAAGACGCUAAAGAAUAAAAUGCUUAAUGAGAAUGAAACUGUAAAGAAGUUGGAAAAACGAAACGACCAACUGGAACAGGAGUGUUUAGAAAUGCAGAUGUUAUUAGAUGAGACUUACAAAGAAAAAGAAUCUUUGUUAGCCAAAGUGAAACAAUUAGACAGUGAACUAAGAUCGUUAAAAAGAGACUUUCAGAAGAAGGUUUCCGACGUGGUUCAGCACAACGCCAUUGUUAAGGUGCCCAGGACUGCGCCAGUUCAGCAAUUCCACAAUAACCACAACGACGAACUAGAUCGGUUGCGGGCGGAGGUGCGGCGCUACCGCCUCGAACUGCAGAAUCGGGAUGCCAACUUCAACCGUGUCUUCACCGAUCAGCACCCUCUCAUCGUCGACCCCCGGGCUGGCAUGAUCGGAGUCAACUCUAGUCAGGUAUUGAGCAGCCGGCAGUCUACGCCCGCGACUACGACAGUGUCCGCCUUGGCCGUCCAAGGCCGCGAGCGAACAUUCUCUUACGACAUUGUCCAGGGAUUUGAAGAAACGAGGCGGCCCAACUCACGGUCGUCCGUGUCGUCCUCUUCGUCCGUCCGUCUGCCCACUAUGUCGGCGGACCAGCGGGCACGCCUUACCAAGCUCAUGAAGCCACGCCCCCUCCCCAAGGAGAUGCUCUACUCCAAGUAACCAUGGUAACCGACCUGGUACAGGAUUUGCUCGGAUGUUGGAAUAUAUAACUGGUAUCAUACAAACUGUAGUUGUGUGUCUUACGAACGUGGUGCAGAGUGUCCCUCCAACAAGUGAAUUUGUAGACACAUAUGCUAAAAUAUGCUUCGACACUUGUAUCAGCGACAGUGAUGUUUUGUUUGUAGCAAGGGCAAAUUUCCGGUUUCCAAAUAAUGCAUUCGGAUGAAUAUACUUAGUGCUCAGGCGCAUGCGCCGGACAGAUUCAAAUUUUAUCUCAGUAACGAAAACAUCCAAUUAAUUUCCUUUAAGUCAUUAAUUGAUUUUUUAAAGGGAGUUUUUUAGAAGCUCACGCAAGCGCACUGACUAGUAGAGAGGUAUACGAAAGGCAUUUCGCGUGAACACUUAGAACGUUAGCAUUUAGUGUUAGUCGUUUAAAAGUUAAGUCGGCGCAGGGCAGCGUCCGGACCGCCGACAUUCGUAAUAAACACCUUUGCAUGGUACUCGAUAUUAGGAAAGAUGUUUCGUAAACAAGACAAUGUAUCGAUGUGAAUUAUGUGAUGCAUAUGAAAAGUAACCCUUUCGGGGAGUGGUUGUGUAAUGUAUAUACGUGUUUAGAGGAGUGGAUGGUAUUUUUUGUAUUGCAUGGAUUGCAACACAUUCUUAGCAUUAAAGUCUCUGUCCCGAAUAUUAGUAACAGUUUGUUCUUAGCUUUAAAAGGAAUUGAUGUCUAAAGUUUAUGCUGUAAAAUGGAAGUAUUAAUGAUAUAAGUAUAUUACUAUGAAUAAAACAA